AUGAUUACUAACAGAAAAUUCACUCAAAGGUUAUUAAAUACUAGUUGGCGUUUUACUUCGCCUAAAAUUAGCCUUUCACAAAACAAUCAACGUUAUUCACGUAUUUUACUACCUUAUUCCCGAAUAAAAUUUAUUUCAACAUUUCGCAAAGCUAACGAUAAUAUUCCACCAAAUGGUCAGGGAAUUCGAUACGUUGUUGGUUCUGCAGUGGUUGCCGGGAUUG